GACCACUCAACUCAUACCCGCUCACUUCUCAUUAAAUAGAUAUGAUCAGUACGUAUGUUUCCUCAACUCUACAAUCACAAAGCAAAUCAAGGAAGCUAACGAGAGAAUCAAAAUGGCUAGUAGUGGAAGUGAUCAUCAGCGUGUGGUGGUCGUAGGAGUAGAUGAUUCAUCACAUAGCUACCAUGCACUCGAGACGGCUCUCGAUCUCUUCUUCAUACCUUUCAAGGCCAACCCACAAUUCAAACUUGUCGUUGUUCACGCCCGACCAACAGCGACCUCCUUCCUCGGGGUUGCUGGUCCCGAAGCGGUAGUUAUAAUACCAAUGGUGGAACAAGAUUUGAACAAGACUGCUGAACUGGUUAAGAAGAAGUGCGCCGAAGUAUGCUCGGCUAAAUCCGUUGAAAUCGCGUCUUCGGAGGUGAUUGAAGGAGAUCCGAGGAAUAUAAUGUUGGAAGCCGUGGAGAGACAUCAUGCAUGUGUUCUUGUCCUUGGUAGCCAUGGUUAUGGAGCUGUCAAGAGGGUGUUUUUGGGGAGCGUAAGUGACUAUUUAGCUCAUCACGCACAUUGCUCCGUGAUGAUCGUCAAGAAGCCUAAGGCUAAAUCUACUUCUACUGAACAACACUAAUGAGAGGAAUAAAACGUCAUUUUUUUUUGUGAUAUAUAUGUACUACCAUUCUGUUUUCUUAAGUACGUAAGACCCUAUAUACAGUUCCAUCAAAACUUUUUAUACUCUUCAUUCCCCAACUCUUAAUGUAUAUCAAUUUAUUGUAUCCAUGACUCUAUAUGUAUAUUAAUUGG